AUGUCAAGAGCCCCUGGCGAGCCGCUAGAGUCAAAGUGGAAAUUCAUGGGCGAGGACGAGAAAGCUUCGAUCAGAGAACAAUCAGACACAAUGAUCGGCGAAAUUCAGUUCUUGCCCGCUCCAGUAUCCGACGAGACUGGGGCUGUACUCGGCGGGGGUAACCCUCGCGCCGAUGCAAAGAUACGCGACGCGAACAACGAACACGAGUUUAACGAAUUUCUCACUUCUAACGACCGCCGGACCUGGGAAAGUAACAUUGAAAUGAUAAGCUCAUACCUGGAGGACAACCACCAAAUAUUUUUGACUCAACCAACUGUUCAAAUGACCAUCACGGCGAUUCUUGAUUGGGAAAUUUGUGGCUGGUACCCAGCGUACUGGGAAUAUGUGAAGGCCCUGCAUACUAUUACCCCGGGGUGCGAUGUGGAUGACUGGUGGGCCUAUUUGCCCAAAGGAAUAGGUGUUUGGCCCAAAGAACAUGCCGUUGACAGAAUGCUCAGUGAAUGGCAUGGCUGA